AUGUCUGCAACUAAAGCCAAAGAAGCUAGGAUGGCUUGCAGUCCUUCAGAGGAAGCAAAAUUCAUCAAGCAGCAAAGGUUGCUUCGUGAUCAGUGCACCACCGCUCUCGCAGAUCACCUGAAGAAAAGCCCUGACGUUGUUUGGACGUCCGAAGAUGAACAGGGAAAGCAAGCCGACACGGCAGAAGAAGGGGCUAAGCUCAAACUGGUCUUGGAUGUUGAAUUCAAUGAAGAAACCGGCCAGCCAAUCUUCCCUCCGGCAAACAACAGACUGUCAGAUGAGCUGGUUUAUCUGGUGACCAAGUUCGUGGGCUCCCGCGAACGAGCACGACGGUAUCCAUAUGACUUCGACAGCAUAGGCAAUAUCAACCCUCACCGCGUGUCUUCAGGACCUGCUCCAAUUGUCUGGGCUCAUGGUCUACCUUUCUUCCCGGUAUACAAAGGUUAUUACAUACUCUGUGGACGCGCAAACGUCGAGUGCAUUGGCUGGCUGCUCCGUGAGAAAACUAGAGAUAUCAUGCAAGCGAACCCAAUCUGGUCUAUCGGCGCGGUCAUUGCACCUGACUCUGCCGUGACUCUUCCUCACACCAUCACGCGUCAGAUGACACUGCACAACCCUCACGGCACUGAGAAAGAUGCGAAUUACAGGGGUAAGGCCGAGGCUCGCGAUGUUGUGGCACAUGAGCACCAUCUCUGCGCAGUUUUUCCGAAUCCGGAUACUAAUGAGAUUGAGAUCUGUCCGCUAUGGAGAGCCUGGGGUUACAACGCUCGCUGUGGACCUAUGAAAAGUGGCGUGAAACCAACUGUCAUGCCAAAGGAGUUCUUCGCCAAGCAUGGUAUCAAAGAUAUCGACUAUGCCUCUCUCGAUAGAACAUACGCCAACCAGAUGCUGGAGGAGGAUGAAGAGUCAGAUGACAAAACAGACCCAGAGAGUGGUAUUGAGGUUGAAAGCGGCGAAGUUGCUGUCAGCAGCAACCAGCCCGUCACGACUCAGUCUGCGUCCAAAUUGGACAUGGAUAUGGACAUCGACUGCCCAGCGAAAGUUCCAGUGCAGGCUCCAAAACAAGCUCUAGAGCAGGCUGAAACGAGGGGUGCGGGAGAGGUCAUGGAAGAGAUCCCAAAAAAGGCCACUGAAACCGUCAUGGAAAACGUCACCAAAGAUCCCAUCGAACAGGCCACGGAAAUCGCCGCCUCGAACCCCAAGGAGAAGCAACAUGUUGUGCCCAGCAGCAUUGUGGAAACCGCGCUCGAUUUGGGCAUGAAUAUCGGGGAUUCAGCCAGAGAGUCCAUUGACAGCCCCGACACCGAGCAGAUCAGCACUCCUGCUAUCCCUUCUGUGGAGACCACGAUCCAAGCACCUGCAAUUGUCAAACCAACCGAGAUCAAGCCGAUGAUGCAGCUUGAAAUCGAGCAGGCAGCGACUGAUACAUCUGCUGAGAACACUUAUACCACUGACCCGCUCAACGUGGCGCAAAUCGUAUCCGAGCAGCCCAGUACCAAGCAAUUGGAGCAUGCAGCAGCUUAUGGCUUGUCGGAGGAGCUGAAGGUUGCUGAAUAUCAUGCAUCCCAGUCGGCGACUGAUGAAACUGAGGUCGACAAGAAGACUGUCAUCGAUAAAAGUCUCGCACCAGAGAAAGUUCCUACGUGA